AUGGCAGAUUCUACCACUACUCAUCCGGUGGGUGACAACCCAUUCCUCAAACGGGCAUACGCACUCUCCAGCACCGCUGAAGCGCGAGACCUCUACAACGAGUGGGCAUUGGAAUACGACAAGGAUCUCGAGGCCGAGGAGUACGCCGCCCCGAAGCUCGCCGCGCAGGCCUUAAUCGGUGCGCUCGACGGCCGUCUCGGGACACUGGAGAUCCUGGACGCCGGCUGCGGAACAGGGCUGGUGGGCGUCGAGCUCGCGAGAAUACUGGGCGCGGCCCCCCGACACGUUACGGGCCUGGACAUCAGCCCGGGCAUGCUCGAGGUCGCAGGCAAGACUGGCGUCUACGGCGCGCUGGAGCAGGCCGACCUGUCGCGUCCGAUCGCGAAGUCAGACGAGUCCUUUGAUGCGGUGCUCUGCGUGGGCACCUUGACGCGCGGACACGUGGGUCCCCAGGUGCUCGAGGAGUUUGUUCGCGUCGUGAAACCGGGGGGACUCAUCGUCGCAACCGUCCUCGACGAUAUAUGGGAGAGUGCGGGGUUCAGCGCCGAGGUCGAGCGCUUGCAGCGAACUGUCAACAGGAUCGAGGUCGAGCGCUCAGAGGUGGUGGGAUUGAGAUCGUCGACAAAUGUCGGAGGCAGGCUGCUGGUGCUGCGAAAAAGAAUCACCCAGCAGGGGAGGUAA